AAUGACACAUUACUUUGAUUCGCCGGACACAUCAGGAAACAGACCAGAUCGAGGAACAUUUGUUUUUGUGGAUUUGGAUAUAUUAUUUUUUAAUAAUAGAAAUAUGUACAUCUUUUAGGAUUUGCGGUUUUCACCUGAGGAAUUCCUCGGACUGAAAGAAAUGAAUGAACAAAACCAAAGAUCCACCUGGUAGGACUAGAGAUCCAUUGUAUUGGAAAUUACCAACAUCAACAAAACUCUUCGUGUGCUGGAAUGAAAACGAAUAUUGCGAUGCCGUUUAGGGGAAUUUGUUUUUGUUCAUUUGGAAUAUUAUAUUUAUUUUUGAACAAUUUGAUUUUCCCAACUGCUAGUUACACGCUGAAGAACUGCAGGGUCACACAGAACUCACAGGCCAUCUGUCGGAAUACCAGUAUGAAAGUAUUUCCAAAGUACAUUCCAGCAAGAGUCACAAGCAUAGACCUUUCUGGAAACAACAUUUCUACACUAAAUAAAACAGAUUUGGAAAAUGUACCAAAUCUGUUGCGCUUGGACAUGAAAAGCAACAGGAUCUCCAAGAUUGAAUCUGCCACUUUUGUGGUUCAAAUCUCUCUAAAGGUGUUAAUUUUAAACAACAAUAGCCUUUGUAAUCUACAGGAAGGUAUGUUUGAUGGAUUAGUCAAUCUCAUGGAAUUGUAUCUGGCUUCCAAUCAGAUCCAAACUGUAGCACCAGCCUCUUUCAAGACUCUGAGCAAGCUUACGAUUUUGGACCUAGGCCAUAACAAACUGCGCCACUUAACAAACUUCUUCUUACAACAUACACCACAUUUACAAAACCUGUACAUUCCAGCAAACAAAAUGUCCACUUUUAAUUCAUGGGAGCUGUCAAAUAAGUCUACAGAACUUAUUAUCCUUGAUUUGUCUCAGAAUGAGAUUAUGUAUUUUAGGCUCAGUGCAGGUAUCUUUCCCAAACUCAAAACGUUGUACCUUGAGGAUGGUAUAAAGAAUGGCAUAGUUUGGGAGGUGAAUGACAAAUCGUACCUUAGCAGUGUGGUUAAACUCGAUAUCAGUGGGGUUCGCAACUCGAUUCAUGGACUGCAGGAAGUGCUAGAGACAUUUAACUCCUCCUCCUCACUGAGGCAUCUGCAGUUAAACCAUAUAAAUAACAACCUGCAAGUUCUCAUCAAUGUUUCCUGCAAAAUCCUAAAGCUGAGCUCUUUUGAAAUUCGAAAUAACGGCAUCAAAUCUAUUACAUCAGACAUGCUGCACUUGUGUACUUAUCUGAAAAUAUUAGACUUGGGGAUGAAUGAGAUAACUACGAUCUCUGAGAAUUCGUUUCAAUCUCUUAGGCAGCUGAACACUUUAAUCAUAGAGUCUAACUGUCUCACAUCGGUCCCCAAUGCUGUAAGGAAAAGUAAAAUCUCAAAACUGGAUCUCAGCUGCAAUAACAUCAAUGUUCUUGGCUGUGAUGAUUUUGCCAAUAUGAUCCAUCUCAGGGUUCUCUAUCUAUACAAUAAUCCUCUCUUGGCACUCAAUGAUUGUGUUUUCAAAGAUUUGGUCAAUUUAAAUAAAUUAAUGUUGCAAAACAGCAGCAUUGAUCAAUUAAACGGCGCCUUCAAAAAAAACACGCCAAAUCUUAAAACUCUUUCUUUGUUGAACAAUAAACUCACUGUUCUAGAUCAUGGAGAAUUUAAAGCUCUUAGUUCCCUCCAGACUUUGACAUUAAAAGGGAAUAAAUUAAAACAACUUAAUGAUGGGACAUUUUUUGGACUGGCCAGUCUUACAAAUCUUAAUCUUGAAUCAAAUAAAAUAACUGAAAUUACAAAUGCUACUUUUGGUGAUUUGAAAGCUUUAAAGACAUUGAAUUUGCAGAGCAAUCAAAUUAAAUAUGCAUCGGUAGAGCCUAUUCCGUUUCCACCAUUUGCUGAGCUUUCACAGCUAGAUACUUUGUUUAUUUCAGCUCAAAGCAGACCUCAUAAGUGGUCCAACUUCCCUCAAAACUUUCUGCAAGGCCUGACAAAUCUGUCAAUACUAUAUAUGCAAAGUAACCAUCUUAGAUCCGUGCACCCACACACCUUCAACUAUACUCCUAAUUUGAAUGUGCUUCAUUUGUCUAAAAAUUUUUUUUUUUUAACAGACAUUCCCGACAAUUUGUUUUCCCCAAUUCAAAAGCUAAAAAGUCUUUACAUUUCAAUGACAAACCUGAGGUCUCUAGAUUUUCUGCUCCAUUCUAACCUCACAGAGCUGGAGUUGUUGCAGGUGGGGUAUAAUAUCUUUUCUGUGAUUAGAGAGCCAGUGAUGCUGUCUCUGCCAGCACUUACUGACCUGGAUAUGCAGGGUAAUAGCUUCACCUGUAACUGUGACAAUGCGUGGUUCCUCCAAUGGGUAAUCACCAACAAGCAAACACAAGUGUUUAAUGCGUACAACUUUGAAUGCAGCUACCCUCCAAACCUUAAAGGUAGAAAACUGUUGCAGAUUGACGUCCGUUCUUGUACAGUAGACACAGACUUCAUCUGUUAUAUUUCCACGGCAUGCGUGGUCAUCGUGACUUUAGCAGUCUCCUUAACCCACCAUUUCCUGCAAUGGCAUCUGGUCUACGCGUACUACCUCAUGCUGGCGUUCCUCUACAACUCAAAGAACAAGGACAAGCGUGCUCAUCAGUAUGACGCCUUCGUCUCCUACAACGCAAACGACGAGGGCUGGGUGCUGGGGGAGCUGCUGCCCAAGCUGGAGGACGAGCAGGGCUGGAGACUGUGUCUGCACCACCGAGACUUCCAGCCAGGUAAACCCAUCAUGGAAAACAUUACAGACGCCAUCUAUGGCAGCCGGAAGACCAUCUGUGUGGUCAGUCACGAUUACCUGGAGAGUGAAUGGUGCUCCAGAGAGAUCCAGGUUGCCAGUUUCCGUCUGUUUGACGAGCAGAAGGAUGUGCUGAUCCUGGUGUUCCUGGAGGACAUUCCCAUGCAGCAGCUGUCUCCGUACUACCGCAUGCGGAGGCUCCUGAAGAGACAAACCUACCUGAGCUGGUCCCGCGCAGACGCACACCCAAACCUAUUCUGGGAGAAGCUCCGGCAGGCCCUGGAGACCCAGGAGCACCCAAUGGGUGAGCAUAUACUGCUCACCGUGGAGGACGGACCCCCUGGAGAGAGACCAGACCAGUAAAAGGCUUAGAAAUGCUGGGGGGAGGGGGGGGAUUAUACUAAAGACACCCGAGGUCUGUAUUUGGAGGGAAAGUGAAACAGUUCCCCUACCAGCUUUGUUUAUUUUUGUGCAUUGUAAAUCACUUUCUUAAUCUAGUUAAUGGGUACAUUUGGUGUGGAUUUGUAUUUUUGUUCAUUGCGACAUUGAUGAAAACAUUGUCUAAUAUUUUCCAAUUUGUGCGGUUGGACAUUUCAACUUCUGAUGAAAUCUGGGGAGAACUGACCCGAGGUUUGUUUUUCGACAAUGAAGACUUCUUCAGGGUGGGAGUUCUGUUGUUUGCCAAUAGCUGAGUUUAUUAGCUCAAGUGAAGCUGAAGUUCCCUAAGUGUAUGAAAAGGCCUGCAUUUCAAGAUAUGUUCCGGAUCGGGUGGGCAGAAAAUGUCAGUGACAAUUGUGUCUGUGUACCAAACAACGUUAUCGCUUGUUUCUUUGCGUAGCUCUAUAUCUCUAUAUUGUUUCUUUGCGUAGCUCAUAGCUCUAUAUUAUUGUAUCAAGGCCUAACUUAAAGGGGGAAACUAUGGUCAUUGUUAAUUUGAAAUUAAACUUGUUUUCUAUUCUAAAACCCAUAUCAAAGACUGCAACUUUACCAUCUGUAAAAGGUUGAGCAUUUCUAAGCCUGACUUUGCCCAUGCACAUUGUUGUGUAGUGAGCCCUAGAGGGCGGCCAUGUAUAUAGCACCAUUGAUAAAAGUUUAUUUUAAUCAAAUAGUUUGUAUGAGAAUCAAGUUUUAUGAUGGAUAAGUAGGAUCAAGGAUCAAUGCAGGUUCAAUAUUAACCUAAUUUAGAAGAUGAAUCUGAAACUGCUGUUUUUCUUUAAUAUGAAUUGAAUUAUCAGUAAAGUUUUCGUUCACAGACGAUAUUUUUUUUCUAUAUCACUGUUACGCUGCACUAGACUUUUACACCUUAAGACUAUCACUUUGCCACAUGUCAUGAUUACAUACACAUGUAUACAGUGGUGUUUAGUAACAAAGUAGAAAUACUUUGUGACUGUACGUGUAGCAACUGUACUCGUUUUUUGGGGAUUUGUACUUCACUAUAUUUAGCAUGCACAUUUCUAGCAAUUUUCACUUUUACUCAGUUAC